AUGGCCGAAGUAGCAGACUCUGGCCCUAUCGAAUCACAGGCCCGCCGGGUCGUGUAUUGUGGAGUGUGCACACUUCCUCCUGAGUACUGCGAGUUUGGAGGCACCGCCAAAAAAUGCGAGGAAUGGUUAAAAGCCAACCAUGAAGACCUCUGGAGUCGGUUACAUUCUGAAGGUAUGAAUGAACGUCUAACCUCCAAUUCAAGACCCACAGACUUGAAGGACGCCUUAAACGCAAAUCUUUCCGAACUCUCCGUCUCCGUGCAAGAACGCGCCGCCAAAGACGCCGCAAAGAAAGAAGCCAAGGCUGCCCAGACCGAAGCCCGUGAUGCCGAACGCAAGGCCGCGUCCAAAAUCCAGAUCAAGCGCGUCGAGCGAAACAAGCGCAAGUACGUCACAGUCAUCAUCGGGUUAGAAAUCUUUGGACUCGAGAACAAGAAAUUGGCCAAGGAGCUGGGCAAGAAGAUGGCUACGGGUUCAUCGGUCACUCGGUCGCCUGCCGGUACAGAGGAGAUCACCGUGCAAGGUGAUGUGAGUGAGGAUGUUAAGGAGUGGCUGUUGGAAAACUACGGCAGUAAAGUGCCCGAGGCCAAUAUCGAGCUGAUCGAGGAUAAGAAGAAGAAGAAAGCCGAGGGGCCGGCGGUGUGA